CACACUUGCUCUCUUGCAUUGAUCUGGUCUCUGUCUCUCUCUCUUUCCGAUAGACAGCAAGCGGGAAUCCCGAAUCACCUGGUAAAUCGGGCGAAUUAGAACGCAGAAAGCACCCAGAGCCACGCAUCUAACUUUAAAUGGCCUAAAAAGUGGUUAGUUAUGUCGCAGAUACACAUCCAGGUUGAGACCGACCCCGCACCCACAGGGACACACGUGGCCUUGUAAGCUGUGGCGGCGACCGUAUUAUCAAGGAAAUUCCUGAGUCCUCCAGGGUCACCUAUCUGCUGGCUUCUCUAUCUGCUGCCGCAGGGAGACAAAAGGACAAAGCAGGACACCGCAGGCAGACGUGAUGGCCACUGAAAGAACCCAGACACAGGCUGGGCCCGCGGUACUGGCAAAGUCUGCUUCGCCUCUGUCCGCUGGGAGCAGACCCACCAGAGAAGCCAAACAUGCAAAUAAUGGCCAGGAAGUGUGGCGAGACGCUGACCAAAUGUGUCAAUCAAAACAGUCGAGCGGCCCUUCUCUCCCCUUAUGUAGGAAGUCAUCGUGUGACAGUGGGGAAGGCGCCGUUUUGGACAAAAAAUACGAAUGCCCCAAUUACAGAUCAGAAGUCAUAAGCGCUAAAGAGAAACCUUAUCCAGAGCUCUCCACUGGCAAGAAACUUGAAGAAAUGAUUCCAGUACUUAGGAAAGGUUCAGAGGAAUCUCUGAGCCAGCUGGAUACCACUGGAGACAGCGUGGAUGCAGGCACUAACAGAACUGGCAGCACCCACUGCUCCUGUACCCAGUCUAGCCCUUAUACCAAUGCGAACACCUACUGUUGCCACAGCUCUAGGUCCAGUCCAAGCCUUGGCUCCAGCCCUGUUCACAGUCCUCGCCUCAGCUGCAGGCCCUCUGGCCCCAAAUACAGACACAUCCGCCGCGGCAGCCUCCCUGUGUCUAUGCUGGCUUUCCAAAAGACAUCGCCCUACCUCUCAUCCCAGGGCAGUUCCUCAAGCGAACCGAGCUCUUUGACAUCAUCUCCAUCUAGUUCUCCUCUUCUCGUCCACCGCAAGCGUCACCAAAACGGCCACAUCCAUCUGCACUGCGUCAAAGAUGGGUACUCAAGUUUAGAGAGGCUCAACAAAUGCUCUUUGGAGAAACUUUUCCUUCGAAGGUCUUCUCUUGAAACCAUGUCGUCGACCCCUGUUCACAAUGAAAGGUUACCUACAGAAGAGACGAGGGACUGCAGCCAGGAUCACAGCAGUGAUGAGGGAGAAGUAGAAGCACAUUCGGAUAAUGUGGAUAACGAUUUUAUUCGGAAUCGUAAAGAGCGCUCAACUGUCCUGGUGAGGCGGUUCUGCAAGAAUAAUCAGAAGGUGACCAAGUCGGUGUGUACUGGCACCAGAGCGAUUGUCAGGACACUGCCAUCGGGACUCAUCUCAGAAGAUGUCUGGGCCGUGGUUGUUCACUACAGAUGUUGGACUCCCAGUAAGGAGGAUACAUGGCUAACCGUAAAGCGGGGCAUGGGAGAAGACUUCAGAAGAUGCAAAGAGAUGCUGCGCUUUGCUGGACUUAAACUACAUCAGGUUAACAACUAUGUGGAGGAAAGAGAGGAGAUCAACCUGAUUCAUCCUGCCAAAAAGCUCCUGUUGUUGUACCCUGGAUGUGUCUGUCUCAGGGAGUCUCUCUGGCCAGUGGACUUGGUCAGCAGCAGCCCAGCCAGCCUUGAUCUGAAGCCCUACAUUAAUACUCAGCACUGUCAUUCAUCUUACACCUCCAGGUUUUAUCGGUCUUGUAGCCAGAAGACGAAGUUGGGUUCCCUGCUAACUGGAGCACUGCUAGAGGCCACACUCGUGCUUGGUGCUCGCACGGCACUCCUUUACCCAUUGCCCCAGUGCCCCAACAGCCACGCUGUCUUGAAAGACAGAUCACUGGCCAGCAGCAUGACCAGCAGCAGCACUCUUCCUCCCAGUGUAAGCGGGAUCAGUAAGGAGCUGGCAGAGCUGCGGCACCUUGUUCAGUUCCCCGAGGAGAUCGCCUGCAUCCUCACAGAGCAAGAGCAGCAGCUUUACCAGCAGGUCUUCCCUUUGGACUACCUCUAUUUCCUCACCCGAGACCUGGGCAGUCCAGAGUGUCAAACUAAACGCCACCCAAACCUCAAGGCUUCACUGUCAGCGCCCGCCAUGCCCACUCAGCGAAGUAACGCCGUGGAGGAACUGGUGGCGCGAUUCAACGAGGUGAGUUCGUGGGUGACGUGGCUGGUCCUGACUGCAGGGUCCAUGGAGGAGAAAAGAGAAGUUUUCUCAUAUCUGGUCCAUGUUGCUAAAUGCUGUUGGAACAUGGGAAACUACAAUGGUGUCAUGGAGUUCCUGGCUGGACUCAGAUCUCGUAAGGUGCUGAAGAUGUGGCAGUUUAUGGACCAGUCAGACAUCGAGACCAUGAGAGGUUUAAAGGAUGCCAUGGCUCAGCAUGAGUCCUCCUCUGAGUACAAGAAGGUUGUGACCAGAGCUCUUAAUAUCCCAGGAUGCAAGGUUGUGCCAUUCUGUGGGGUUUUUCUAAAGGAGCUAAGUGAAGCGUUGGAUGGCACAGCAAGCAUCAUCAGCCUCAAACCGUCUCCUGAUAACACAGAAUACUCGAUAGAGUUUGUGUCCGAUUACAGCGGCCAGCGCAAUUACUUGUCUCGAUCUGGCCCAGAUGGGCUCCAUGUGCCAGAGAAGGAAGCUACUGUGAGCAACAUCCUUCAGAUUAUCAGAUCUUGCAACCGGAGUUUAGAGGCAGAAGAUCCUGAUGACGCGUCCACCAGUCCGUCUUCUACUGGCCCGUCCCCUGCAUCCAGAAACAACUCCUUCAAAGACCGCAGCCACAAUCAUUCCUUUUCAUUUAAGACGACUCCAGAAAAAAAACAUGUUUUAUUCACGGUCGGAGACUUGUCGGAUUCAGAUGGUGACUUGUCUACCGAGCCGGUGGUGAAAGAAGUGGAGUUUCAGGGGACCGAGGAGACGCACAGAGCUUUUAGCCAUGGCACGGAGCUCAUUCCCUGGUAUGUGCUGUCACUACAACCAGACAUUUACCAGUUUCUGCUGCAGGGCGCUACGGUCAUUCAUUACGACCAGGACGGCCAUGGCAGUGCUCGCUGUCUGCUACAUCUACAGCCUGAUAAUACAACACUCACUUGGGGUAAACCUCAAAGCGGAGGCCCUUCCCCCGCAGAGCAACCACUGGGAUUGGGGCAGCCUGUAGUGGCUGGGCUAGCAGAAGGCCUGCUGGACCUGGGAAUAGUGAAGGCAGUGUUUCUGGGCCAUCAGGGUGUCGAUGUUCAUGCUGUAUGUUUGCAAAACAAGCUGAGCCAGAUGACAGUGGAGGAGAAUGGCCUCAGCCUUCUGUAUGGUCUGAGUACCACAGACAAUAGGUUGGGAGACAGUGGGGAUGCAACCGAUGACGAGAUGGUUUCCAGGAAAACACGGAGCUGUAAAGAAGGACUGUAUCGAAACGGACCAGAGUCUGACAGCAUCGACCAAGAAGAUCCAGAAGACAGCAUCCCCGGACCACUCUCCCUCUCAUCCAGUAAAAGCCCCGGAUUGCUAUCCUCUUCCUCUUCUUCCUCCUCUUCCUCCAGCAUGGCAGGGUCCAACCAGACCCGUCCGCAGUCUUCUCCAAUCCUUUCGGGAAAUGCUAAAUCCCAGCCGGGGGCAUGGAGCAGCAGAUCGUGGCACGGCCGGGGUAAAGGCUGUUUCAAAGGCUUUCAGAAUCUCAUGAUUUCUGACAGCACAAUGAGCUUCAUCGAGUUUGUCGAGCUUUUCAAAUCAUUCAGUAUCCGAAGCAGGAAGGACCUGAAGGAGCUGUUUGACACCUUUGCUGUCCCCUGCAGCCGCUCAAGCCCAGAAUCAUGUCCUGUUUACACCAACCUCAGGAUAGAUGACAACGACACAGGACUGCAGCCAGACCUUGACUUGCUAACUCGUAACGGGUCGGAUCUCGGCCUGUUUAUCCGGACCAGGCAGCAGAUGUCCGACAACCAGAAGCAGAUUUCAGAUGCCAUCGCAGCAGCGAGCAUUGUGACCAACGGGACGGGGGUGGAGAACGCGUCAUUAGGCGUCUUGGGACUGGCUAUCCCUCAGCUCAAUGACUUUUUAGUCAACUGUCAGAGAGAGAACCUGAGCUACGAUGAGAUUCUCAGUAUUAUACAGAAAUUUGAGCCUUCAUCAAGCAUGAGACAAAUGGGGUGGAUGUCAUUUGAAGGUUUUGCAAGGUUCCUGAUGGACAAGGACAACUUUGCUUCACGUAAUGAGGAAUCUCAGAUGAAUCCAGAGGAGCUGCAAUACCCUCUGUCUUACUACUACAUCGAGUCUUCUCAUAACACCUAUCUGACUGGGCACCAGCUCAAAGGAGAGUCCUCUGUUGAGCUCUACAGCCACGUGCUCCUGCAAGGCUGUAGGAGCGUCGAGUUGGACUGCUGGGACGGAGACGAUGGCAUGCCUGUUAUUUACCACGGCCACACACUCACCACUAAGAUACCCUUUAAGGAUGUGGUGGAAGCAAUUAACCGGUCUGCGUUUGUCAAUUCUGAUAUGCCCGUCAUCCUGUCCAUAGAGAACCACUGCUCCCUUCCUCAGCAACGAAAGAUGGCUGAAAUCUUCAAGACUGUGUUCGGCGAACGCCUUGUGACGCGCUUCCUUUUCGAAAGCGACUUCAACGAUGACCCUCAUUUACCAUCGCCGCUGCAGCUUCGAGGGAGGAUACUGCUCAAGAACAAGAAACUCAAAGCCCAUCAGGCACCGGUGGACAUACUCAAGCAGAAGGCUCACCAGCUCGCCCACAUGCAAGCCCAAGCAAGCAACGGGUCUCCAGGAGUGACUUCACCCAACAAUCAUGCCAAUGAGGAAGAGGAAGAAGAAGAAGACGACUAUGAUUAUGAUUAUGAGUCUCUAUCAGAUGCUGAUGGCCUCGCUGCCUCUACUGCCUCGUAUGGUCUUGAAGAUAAUAUACUCGAUGACAAGCCAGAAGGCAAGAGUUCGGCCGAGAAAGAAGAGCAACCUGCUGAUGAAAUACCCAAAAGGAUGAAGAAAGCUGAUAGCACUACACAGAGCAAAGGAAAGGUGUUCGACAUGGAGCUCGGCGAGGAGUUCUACCUUCCCCAGAAUAAGAAGGAGAGUCGACAGAUCGCCCAGGAGCUGUCCGACCUUGUCAUCUACUGCCAGGCUGUGAAAUUCCCUGGCCUUUCUACUUUGUCUCCGGCUGGCUCUAGCAGGGGGAAGGACCGAGGAAAGUGCAGGAAGUCCAUAUUUGGCACGGCUCCUUCUCGCAGCAGCGCAACAGGGGAGGUCACGACCCAGAGCCGCACCCCUGGGAAAGGUGGUUCAGAGCGACUCAGCUGGGAGGAGCAGCAAACGUCUCCUGUCCUCAACCCCUCCACCUCACUCAGCGCCAUCAUCCGCACGCCAAAGUGUUACCACAUCUCCUCCGUCAACGAGAACGCCGCCAAGCGCCUGUGCCGCCGUUACUCUCAAAAGCUCAUCCAGCACACGGAGUGCCAGCUGCUCAGAACCUACCCGGCGGCCACCAGGAUCGACUCAACCAACCCCAACCCUCUGCUUUUCUGGCAGCAUGGCAUCCAGCUGGUGGCACUCAAUUAUCAGACUGAUGACCUGCCCAUGCAGUUGAACACGGCGCUAUUUGAGGCCAACGGAGGAUGUGGCUACGUACUGAAGCCGGCAGUGUUAUGGGACCGUAGCUGUCCACUUUAUCAGCAGUUCUGUCCGAUGGAGCGGGAUGUGGAGAAAAUGAGCCCUGCUGUCUACUCCCUCACAAUUGUGUCCGGGCAGAACGUUUGUCCCAGUAACAGUGCCGGCAGCCCCUGCAUCGAGCUGGAUGUUCUGGGCAUGCCCGUCGACAGCUGCCACUUCCGUACCAAACCGAUCCACCGCAACACCCUCAACCCCAUGUGGAACGAACACUUUCAGUUCACUGUGCAUUUUGAAGAGAUGUGUUUCCUGCGAUUUGCCGUGGUGGAGAACAACAGUUCCCAGACCACAGCUCAGAGGACUCUCCCACUUAAAGCCCUCAAACCAGGUUACAGACAUGUACAGUUGAGAACACAGCACAAUGAGUCUCUUGAAGUCUCCAGCUUAUUUAUCUACAGCCACAGAACAGAGGAAGGUCCAGCAGGGGGCGCUACUGCCUCAUCUUUGCUGUUCAGUUCUGAGGAGAAGCAUGCGUCCCAGCAGCACAGGGUGACAGUGCACUGCGCUCCCGGUCCUGAACCCUUCACUGUUUUCUGUGUUACCGAGCAGACCACCGCCAAACAGCUGCUGGACGUGGUCGUGGGGUCAGCGGGACACCCAUCCGAAUACUUUUUGUGUGAGGAGAAGGUUCCCCUGUUGAAGGAACGCAGCGAGGUGAAACGCUCCCCGCAGCACCGAGCUCUAGCACCUGAGGAGGAGGUGGUCAGGGUGGUGUCCAGCUGGAACACUGAGGAGGGAUAUGUGAGGAGACUGUGCCUCAAAACUAGAGAGGAGAACUUGAAUGAGAAGAACACGGUGGUGGAGGGAGAGGAGGAGGUGACUGUGGCAGGCAGAGAAGGAGCGGGAGGAGGAGGAGGGGAGGAUGAUAUGUUCUUUGUCCAGGUCCAUGAAGUUUCACCCGAACAGCCUCACACUGUCAUCAAAGCUCCACGCUACAGCACGGCUCAGGAUAUCAUACAGCAGACUCUGUCAAAGGCUAAGUAUUCCUACAGCAUCCUCGCUAACCCCAAUCCAUGCGACUACGUGUUGAUGGAGGAAGUGACCAAGGACGUCGGCUCUAAGAAGUCCUCGUCCACCAAGCCUCUUCAGCGAGUGCUGCUGGAUCACGAGUGUGUCUACCAAGCUCAGAGCCGCUGGCGGGGCGCGGGAAAGUUUAUUCUUAAACUCAAAGAGCAGGUGGUGAGGGAGGACAAAAAAAAAGUCAUCUCCUUUGCCAGUGAGCUCAAGAAGCUGACUAGUCGCAGCCGCAGCAUGACAACUGGCAGCGGAGUGGAUGGCCCUGCCCAGAGUAAGGAUGAUAGAGCUGCAUGCUGUGUGGCUCUGACAGAGCUCCAGGAGUGAGGCUCACACUCUGCCUGCCGUGUUUGCAUGGAAAAGCAACAGAGGUACCGUAUGUCAUCUCUAACCUCUAACAUUCGAGAAGUAGAACUCAGUGUGAGUGGGAAAAAUUGCCACUAUUUUUGAAAAGUACAAGCAGGGUUUG